GGUAUUGGGCUCCUCACGUUACAACUUUUCGCGCGGUGUCACAGGUAGAAUGAGCGCCACCCACUCCUGUCCCAUCUGUUUCCCUGAGCCACGCAAGCUAAUUAGAUGGAACCGCAGUGGGUCCGUAGUCGAUACAUGCAACAACAACGCCUCUGUGAUUAAGGUUAUUAAUAGGGUUUCUAAGUGCGCGGCUAUGCCACUCAACACCAUGAACAGCAGCAGUCAAACUGAACAGCACGAAUCUCAGUCAAGACCGCGCGGACUGCCCCGCCAAGAAUCUUUAGAGGCGUGUCUGUUGCCCCUUGCCUAUUGGAUAAAUCAAUUGUACGCGUCACAACAUCUAGAUGCUGAUUGGCUCGACUGAGUGAAACGCAUGAGAGCGCCAGAAAAAAAAGCUUUAGCGGGUGUUUUUGGUUGUAGCUAUUCCUGUUCAGUAAUGCAAUUCCAACACAAGUAACUUCAGCGGAACAGGAGAAGUUUUACAGCUGGAUAUUAGAAGAAAGCCCACUUAUUUAAGAAAUUAAAGUUAUGUUGAUUUGAGUUAAACAACGUACCACCAGUAAGUCUGUGCAAUUGGAGAUACUGUACGUUGGUAUUGACAACUUUAUCUUCUUACGUUACGUAGGAAACGCUGAAGAAGAUGGAAGUUGAAUGUCUAGCUUUGAGAGAUCUCAUAAGUCCAAAGAAGAGCAAAGCAGACAUGGAGGAAGUUGGAGGCAGAAAUGAUCAGAAGGAGAACAGAUGUGUCGAGCGAAGAAGAACCACCCCUCACAAGAUGGACACCACGGCCACCAUGCUGCUGUAUGGCAGUAAGCCUCCCACCCCGGAACACCUCCAGAGCACCCCUGUUAAGCCUUCUGAGCGGGGGGCCCCUCCCCACGCGGACCCCUGGACCCCCACGGCCAACCUCAGGAUGCUCAUCAGUGCUGCCAGCCCUGACAUCCGCGACAGAGAGAUGAAGAAGGUGCUGUUUAGGCCCAUUGAGAAUGAGAGAGCAGUGGAGGAUGUCGAGGUGGAUGGCCCGUGCCAGUUUGAUGUGGUGGACGAGGAGGAGGAAGAGGGGGAAAGGAAGCCCAGCAGGAAGCAGAAGAGCCUGGGCCUGCUGUGCCAGAAGUUCCUGGCCCUGUAUCCGGACUAUCCAACCUCUGACACCAUCAGUAUCUCAUUGGAUGAGGUGUCUACUAGCCUGGGGGUGGAGCGGCGGCGGAUCUAUGACAUCGUAAACGUCCUGGAGUCUCUGAUGAUCGUGGGGCGCGUGGCUAAGAACCAGUACGUGUGGUACGGGCGGCGGCGCCUGGGGUCCACCCUGGCCGAGCUGCAGGGGAUAGGCAGGCAGCAGCGCUACCACCUGCACAUGGAGCAGGCCGCGGAGGGUGGUCACAGAGAGGGAGCCACCACACACACCCCAGAGGAGGGAGGUGAAGGAGACUCCGGCUGUGUGGCCGCCAGCACGAGGAAAGACAAGUCCCUACGCAUCAUGAGUCAGAAGUUUGUCAUGCUCUUCCUGGUGUCCAGGACCCAGACGGUCACUCUGGACGUGGCCGCCAAAAUCCUCAUCGAGGAAAGCCAGGACCCCGCCAGCCACAGCAAGUACAAAACUAAGGUGCGGCGGCUGUAUGACAUCGCCAACGUCCUGACGAGUCUGGGAUUGAUCAAGAAGGUCCACGUCCGGGAGGAGAGGGGGAGGAAGCCUGCGUUCAAGUGGAUCGGCCCGGCAGACUUCCACAGCAGACAUGAGGACUCAGAGGCUGUAGCGGCCAUCGCUCUUCCGGAGGCCAUCGCUCUUCCGGGCGGCAGGAAACAGAAGCUGGCACGCCAUGCCUCCUUCAAUGUGGUGCCCACCUCCGUGGCCAGCCAACGCCGUGUCAACUCGGCGCCCAGCAGCCCACGCAGAGAGGUCACGGGUCUGCUUCCCCAGUCAGUGGACUAUUCCAGAAGGUGUGUGAGCAACAGCGCUGUGUGCCGGCUGCAGUUUGGAACCACUGUUACAGGUGUCUCCCACCCCAGCGGCGGACUUCAGAGCCCCGCCCACAGUGACUGCAACUCCCUGCUCUGCUCCCCGGGCCUAGCCCCCCUGGCCGUGCCCGUCCACCCAGAGGGUUCAUACGUGGGACCCCUGUCCCCCCAUCCCCACCACAUGGCCUAUCUACCCAGCCUAUCCCAGGCCUCGGUGGUCAUGCUGUAUGGAGGUCCGGAGGCGCAGGAUGGGCUUGACUGCCUGACCACGGAAGUUCAAAGGUCACCGGGGUCAAGGUCCAGAGAGAACAUCCUGGAGAAGAGGAAGAAGGAUGAAGGAGUGGGGGAGAAGAGGGAGUCGCCUGAGACAGAGCUAUCUGAAAAGAGAAGGAGAGUGGAGGGAAACAGCUGUCAGAUGACCACCAGCCCAAGGACCAGCUCCCUAGAGCACCCAGGGGGGCUAGUCAGGGAAGAGGCCCUAUUGAGAGUCCUCCGAGACGGGGAGGUGGGCAGACAGAGCCCCCACAACAACCUGGUCCGGCCUUCACACUACCUCUAUGUGCCUAACUCUGCAGGUCUCAACAGUCUCAACUUCCUCCUCUCUGCUGGUCAGACGACAUGCGGCCUGACUCUACCUGCUGGCACCCUGCCCUAUGUCCUUGUGUCCUCCUCCACCCUCUCCCCCUACCCACUCAUGGCCAACAGGGGCGAUGCCAAUCUCAAUUUCAACAUGUCCACCAUGAUGUCCCCCGCCUGCUUCGUGGUGGGAUCCGCCGGGCCCUACACAGUGGCCGGGGCCCCGGAGUUCAAUGGGGUGGCAGUGGCGCCGGCCCUCUCCAGUCCAGAGCAGCACCCGCUGUUCGGGUCGGCACCCAUACCUCCACAUUCUCCCUUGGAGACCAGGCCGUCUCUGACCUUCAUCCAGACAGAGACACAGACACCACAGACUCCCAAGGAGGAGGAGGCGGCAGCUGGCGGUGGCUCCAAGGCCUUCUUCCAGACGCCAGGGACCCUGGGAACGGCCACCACAACCCCCGUGGCCCGCCGACGAGGCUCCGCCCAGAGGAGGCUGGACAUCGGCCAACCACUGACCAAUUAGAAGUCUGGGGACUUUUAGAGUGGGCAUGGCUGUUAGCUAUAACCUGAAAGGCUGCCUAGUGGCCUGAGAGGAAUGGACAAAUGUUGCUCUCCGGCUAAACGUGCUCUGACUGCGCUAGCUUUGGCUUUACUCCCCACGCUCUGACUCUCAGGGUAUCUUUUCUGUAUGACCGAACUGUGUUGCUUUCAUACCACUGGUGCUUCGCCUUAUUACUAGGGAAUGAAUGCUAGUCUAUACGAUACCUCCUUUAAGUGCCUCAUCAUGUAGGGCGAAGUUGCCCCUAGACUCUGAUUUUGGGCCAGUUUGCAGUUUCCCCACUAAUGGUUAAGGUUAGGAUUGGGGGAAGGGAAGCUGAUCCUAGGGGAAACUUCACCCUCGAGUUCCUCAUGAUUGGACUGUGGGACACCGAUAACUAUCAGAGGACACAGGGAAGCAGUGUUGUCGUCUUUUGUUUUAGUGCCCUCCUGUGGUGGGAGUUAGGUACCACUCAUAUUUAUUUUUCUAGUCCAUCUUCCAUAGAAAGAUUGAGCUACCUUGGUAAUCACACCACCCAUGACUUUAUUAUAUCCCAACGUUAUUUAUACAUUAACUAAUAUAUCUGUUGAGUAUUGGGACUGUUGAGUAACAAUUCCGAUGAUGUUCCUCUACUUUUAGCACUAAUUAUUUAAGAAUAUACUUCUGAUUCUUGAGUUUCGCUGGCUCUGGGGGGGAUUCGGUAAAACGGUAUCCGUAGGAAAAGGGAAAACAGUUGAUCAUAGGUGAAUAUCUGCGGAAGCUGAAAGGUUUCCCAUGAUGACACAUUUCAGAAACUGGUGUUGGUAAUAAGUCCUGACGUCGAAGAGAUAUCAAUACGCUUCUCGGUUGCAUUUCUAGCGUGUAACUGACCUGGCUCUAAGAGAGGUUUAAAAACCACUGGUUUUCACUGUGUAAAUGAGGUUCACUUAAACCCAAAAACUAUAUUUUGCUGUGUUUCAUUAGUCCAUUGUUGAUAUAGUCCAAGAUGUUUUGGGUGGAGUUUUCCUUUAAUCAGUCACAGCAACACAUUGGUGAGCUUAAGGCCUACAAAAUGGCUGCCAGGGUUUUUGGUACAAAGACUGGCAUCUUGGCCACUCCAAAGGGUUCUGUAUUUGUACAACACUCAUGUGGUUUACAGGUUUCCAAUGGUUGGGCUUUAAGAAUAACACCAAAUGCCAGCAUUGCCAGGUGAAAACUAAAUGUGAAAUGAUUUGAUGAUGUUACAAGAUACUUGAAUGACUUAGUUAUCUAGCAGUAUAUACUGGAGACUAGAGUGAAAUAUCUAAGUACUGUAUUUAAUGCAUUAAAUGACAUGCAUUAGAGUUUGGCCUCUGGAAUAUUUUUUGGGGUAAUUGAGGAAAAGUUACAUUAUACCAAAGGGUGCUGAUCAUCUACUUGAACUGUAGAACACAGGAGGUUGGUGGCACCUUAAUUGGGGAGGACGGGCUCAUGGUAAUGAGUGGAAUCUGGAAUGGUGUCAUCACACAUGGCUUCCAUGUGUUUGAUGCCAUUCCAUUGGCUCUGUUCUGGCCAUUAUUAUGAGCCGUCCUCCAGUCAGAGGCCUCCACUGCUGUACAUGUGUUGUUCAUGUACAAAUCUUUCUCUUUUUGAUUUUUUUUUACCAGUAAUUAUUUUUGUAUAUUGUAUUCAUAUGUUUUUAAUUAUUACUUCAAAACAUUGAAAUGUUUAAUUUAAUGCUGCUUCUUAUCAUAAAAUAAUAAUUGCACUGCUAGUUUCUGUAGUUAUCCGUCCGCUGCUUUGUAGGAAACCUUUUCUAACAUUACAACACAUUGUUAUUUUCACGCUGCUUACUACUGGCUGUAUGUAUGUUAUGGGACAAACAGGGUUUUUUCUCUAGACAUCCACAACCUUUGUAAUAAAAAAGUGAAAAUGUCCAGU